AUGUCGCCGCUGCUCACAAGUAGGGCUGUCGUCACAUCACUGAGACUCCGCCGACGAGCGUUCCCGAGAAGAGCCUACAGCCGCAGCCGCUUAUCUUCGAGGUGCUCGACAGAUCACCGCCACCAAACGUUGCCACCUUUGGACAAGCCAAGCGAACCAUUGGCGCUCAAAAGCGUGGACGCUAUUCGUCUCGUCACGCUGUCUUGGACAAUCUUUGUCGGUGCUCGACCAUCCGCAGCUGAAAUCGCCGGUUGUCGUGCCCCUCCACCCGCCGUAGAGGACGACCCGAAAGAAGAUGGCGGGGUGAUCAUUUUGCCAUGA